AUCUCACCAGGGGUAAUGGAGUGUGGUGGCUGUGGAGAACGAGUACGAGAGCGGACAGUGUUGUGCGUUGGCGGACGAACCUGGCACUCGAGGUGCUUAAGGUGUUGUGCUUGUGCCAGGCCUUUGCACGACCAACACUCUUGCUUCCUUCGUGGCACGCGUCUUUACUGCAGGCACGACUAUGCUCUAACUUUCGGAGCAAAGUGCGCUAAAUGCGGUAGAAGCGUGGGUGCGGGCGAUUGGGUGAGAAGAGCUAGAGAAAGGGUCUACCACUUGGCCUGCUUCGCGUGUGACGCCUGUUCACGCCAAUUAUCGACCGGGGAGCAAUUCGCUCUCCUGGAUGCUCGAUUGCUCUGCAAGGCUCACUAUCUUGAUGUGGUCGAAGGGAACAACACGUCGUCAGAUGAAGGCGGUGACUCCGAAAGCGGCCAUAAAGGCGGAAAUAAAGCCAAAAGGGUAAGGACAACCUUCACAGAGGAGCAACUGUCUGUUCUCCAGGCCAACUUUCAACUCGAUAGCAAUCCUGACGGUCAGGAUCUGGAAAGAAUAGCUCACGUGACCGGGCUGAGCAAGAGGGUGACCCAAGUCUGGUUCCAAAACUCGAGGGCGAGACAAAAGAAACAUCUGCACACGGGAAAGAUGAAGGGGCAGCACGCUCAUCAGUCACCACCAAAUUCAACAGCGUCACCUGCUGAUUUUGGCCGGCAUAUCAAUCUACAUUUGACGUACUCAUUUCAACAUCAUCAGCAACAACAUCAACAACAGGCGCAGCUGAGUCCGGCAACUUGCAAAAGUCCAACGCCUUCUUUAUAUCAAAAUCAUGGAAGCUCACGAAGAAGAAAAAAACUUCGAAAUUCUGCCGGUAGCACAUAUUACAAUAAUAAUUCGCAUCUAGUCAGGAAAUAA